CUUAGUUGCCUGUCUCUCUCUGUCUCUCUAGAGCUCCUUUGGUCUCUAGUCUCCUGAUUGAAGUGAAUGUCAUGCCAUCUUUACGAUGGAAAACCAAGGCAUUGGCCAUAGCUUUAUUUGGUCUCAGCUUUUCCAUGAGUUUAGCUGCUUCUCUUUCCAAUUUUGACAGAAUUACUCAGUUGCCCGGGCAACCCCAAGUCGGUUUCCAGCAUUACUCUGGCUAUGUGACCGUCGAUGAGAAGAAGCAGCGAGCACUCUUUUACUAUUUUGUGGAAGCAGAACUGGAUCCAUCUUCCAAACCUCUUGUUCUUUGGUUGAACGGAGGGCCUGGAUGUUCUUCGUUCGGGGUUGGGGCAUUAUCUGAAAAUGGGCCAUUUCGGCCUAAUGGGGAAGUACUUGUCAGGAACGAAUAUAGCUGGAACAGAGAAGCAAAUAUGUUGUAUUUGGAGACACCAAUUGGAGUUGGGUUUUCUUAUUCAACUGUUUCUUCCUCAUAUGAGGCCGUCAAUGACAAGAUCACAGCCAGGGACAAUUUGGUGUUCUUGAACAGAUGGUUUCGCAAAUUCCCACAAUACAGAAAUAGAAGCUUGUUCAUUACGGGAGAAAGCUAUGCUGGCCACUACAUUCCUCAGCUAGCAGAGCUCAUGGUCCAAUUCAACAAGAAAGAGAAGUUGUUCAAUCUGAAAGGAAUGGCUCUGGGCAAUCCUGUUCUAGAAUUCGUGACCGACUUCAAUUCAAGGGCUGAGUUUUUCUGGUCUCAUGGAUUGAUUUCGGAUUCAACAUAUAAAGUGUUCACUUCUACUUGUAAUUAUUCACGGUAUGUCAGUGAGUACUAUAGAGGCUCUCUGUCUCCAAUUUGUUCAAGGGUGAUGAACCUAGUAACCAGAGAAACAAGUCGAUUUGUUGACAAGUAUGAUGUUACGCUUGAUGUUUGUAUACCUUCUGUGCUCUCGCAGUCCAGUGUCCUUAAUCCCCAGCAAGUCACAGAGACAAUAGAUGUAUGUGUAGAAGAUGAAACUGUAAAUUACUUAAAUAGGCGAGAUGUUCAGAAUGCUCUUCAUGCACGCCUUGUAGGAUUGAACAGAUGGCUUGUUUGCAGCAAGUAAUUCUCUAUCACAGAUUCAAAAUACUAGGAGUCUCCUUGUUAGUUCAAAUCACAUUGCGGAAUGUCCUCCAUAUGCAUUCAUUGGCUAGCGUUGACAAGGGCAGGACCAUAGAUCACCAAGUUUAUUAUCCUGAAUAUAUCUGGGAAUGCACCUUAUAAUUGCUGACAAAUUUGAGCAAUAGAAUCAUGCAGUUGGAAAAGAAAAUAAAGCUGGUAAAAAGAAGAAAGAGAAUCAACAAAUGGCAAGAUUUGAGAGGCAGACAAAGCAUGUUGAUAUAUGUAGUGCCAACUACUCUAGAUAUGGUACUUUGUAAGUUGAUUUUUUAUUAUUUGAUAGAAAAUUUACCUGAUUACAGUAUCUUGGAUUAUGAGCUGCUUGAUUUGGAGAUACCAACAAUUCCUAUUGUGGGAAGACUCAUCAAGGCAGGGAUUCCUGUCCUGGUUUACAGUGGAGAUCAAGAUUCUGUUAUCCCAUUGACUGGAAGUCGAACAUUAGUUCAUGGAUUGGCAGAAGAGUUGGGACUGAACACAACUGUGCCCUAUAGAGUCUGGUUCGCAGGGAUGCAGGUUGGUGGGUGGACUCAAGUUUAUGGUAAUAUGCUAUCCUUUUCCACCAUUAGAGGAGCAUCCCACGAAGCUCCCUUCUCUCAGCCUGAGAGGUCACUCGUGCUGUUCAAGGCAUUUUUGGAAGGGAGGCCUCUACCAGAAGCAUUUUAAUCUACUGAUCAGUUCAUAAUUAGAAUUCAAAUUAAGCUUGUAAGUAAAAUUUUUUAAGUACAGGCCGCUGUUGAUCCUCGUUUGCUUGUUUGUUCGAUUGAUUUAUGGGGUUUGUCAAUGUUUUUUUUAAUUCUUUUUUCUCUGAACAUGGUUUGUCCAUGCUGUAUGAUUUGCAACGAAGAAUUUUAUAAAGAGUUCAAGAGAGAAUGUUUUUAU